UAUUAUCUGCCCAGUUCAAAGCCGAAGAAUAUUGUUAGGACCCCAAUUCCUAUUGGGCUUAUCGGGUUUUGUGCUUCAUAUGUGAAGAACAUACGGUUCUUACCAAGACGACGACGAAUCGGUACUUUCAGGUGAACCGGAAGACGACGACGAAUCGGUACUUUCAGGUGAACCGGCGUUAUCAAGUCCCCCGCCCCCAAGAUAGUAGUUCUUAGAGGAGGAGACUAGUGUUGAACCCUACUCGUCAGGUUGAUGUUGGACCAGUUGAGCUCUGUUUUGUUAAUAGGUUACAAGCAGAUAGUAGUUCGGAGAGGAGACUAGUGCUGACCCCAACACGGCAGUUGUGCUUGGCCUUGGGAGUAAAUGUCCUCUGAUCAGGAAGAGCCCAACUUCCUGUAAAACUUGGAAAAUCAUGUGGUUUGCUUCUGGCCCAUAGGAUGCCUAUUCUUCUGAGGAACCCCCAAUGCAAAAAGACAAUAGAAGCAUCCUCCUGAUUUCAAAAUAGCAAACAUAACAGUUGGCAGCAAACAUAACAUUUGCAUCUUAUCUCGAGCAGUCUGCGCUGGUCCUCAGGAGAUUUACAACUAAAUGUGUUCACCACCAAGUGCCAUGGAAAAAGGCGGGACAAGAAAGAGGCCACGACCUUCCAACCCAUCGUGCAACCAAUUAAGAUCUUUUGCUCACAGGAGGUUUAACUCUGGCACGGGUCCAUCCAGCCCCACAAAAGCUUUCCAUGGAGGGCCUGGCCAGGUACCUUUUCAGGCUGUAUCACCACAUGGGAAAGCUAAGAAGGCUCGUACGGAAGAAAAAGAUCAUGAGUUCCAAAAGAGCUCCCCUUUGCACCCACAGCCCAGUGAAACUGAGGAGACCUCUGAAUAUUUGAGGGAUUUCCAGGAAAUCAGUGACAAGCAUAAGUCCUUGGUUUCCCUGUUUACAUCUUGUAUGAGGUCCAUCUCUCCCGAGGAAGUAAACAAAGUCGAACCACUUGAGCUCUGUCAAAAAUCUGUCUCCAUGAACCUGAAUGCAGUCUACUAUCAGCAUGGUGCAAUGGAAUAUCUAGAAAGAGUACAUUAUGAGUUGAGUGGGCUUAGGAUUGAGAAAAAGAUGCUUCAAGAUAGCAAUUUGAAGUUGGAAAAUGAUCUUUUGACCGAGAAAUCUGAGGCGCGUGAGGCAAAGGCUCAAAUUGAAUUGGAAAUGAUAAAGGAGAGAAAAAGAGCUGAAGAGGAGAAGGUCCGAGCAGACACUCUUGUGGCUCAAAUUGAAUUGGAAAUGAUAAAGGAGAGAAAAAGAGCUGAAGAGGAGAAAGUCCGAGCAGACACUCUUGUGGCUCAAAUUGAAUUGGAAAUGAUAAAGGAGAGAAAAAGAGCUGAAGAGGAGAAGGUCCGAGCAGACACUCUUGUGGCUCAAAUUGAAUUGGAAAUGAUAAAGGAGAGAAAAAGAGCUGAAGAGGAGAAGGUCCGAGCAGACACUCUUGUGGCUCAAAUUGAAUUGGAAAUGAUAAAGGAGAGAAAAAGAGCUGAAGAGGAGAAGGUCCGAGCAGACACUCUUGUGGCUCAAAUUGAAUUGGAAAUGAUAAAGGAGAGAAAAAGAGCUGAAGAGGAGAAGGUCCGAGCAGACACUCUUGUGGCUCAAAUUGAAAAACUGUUAGUAGAGCUUCAAAAAGCCAAGGCGGCCCUAGAAGAGGAGAAAGAAAAAGUGUCUAAGCUGUCUGAAGGAAUACCAGCUCUUGAGGUUGCUUCUGUUCAAGCUUUCAAGGAGUCGAAGGAGUUCACAAACUUAAUGUUUGAGCAAUUUGCCAGAGGUUAUGAUGAUUGCAGAACAGUGAUAGAGGAACACAAUUUUCGGCUAGAUCUGAGCUGGAUGGACGUGGAAGAUGUCACAAAUGAGAGAAUUCUUUCUUGAGCGGGUGCAGGUUUAUGGCAUCAGGUGGGCAGUAUGGAAAUCCCUUCAUUUGUUAAAGCUUGAGAAAACAUUGUCUUAAGGCCUUACUGGAAAACUCCUUCGGCCAUCUUCAGCUGUUUUCAGGUCAUCUUACCUAUCCUUGACAGCAGAAUGUCCGUUCCUGAGGAGUUUAGAUAUUAACUUUGAAACCUUUGUAUGCUGACUUGCAUUGAAGAUACAGUUUUCUGCUGUGACAUAGUUGUUAUUCAAGAUGAAUGAAUUAGAUAAUGUAGGUGUUGAUCAUACUCUCUGGUGUUUCAAAUUAGUGAAGAGCAUUCUGUGAAUUAAUAUGUCAAUAUUACUUGUUGUGGAUCAUAGAGGCUUUGCCCUGCCUGUCAUGAUGAUGAAAUAAUAAAUGUAUCUCAGAUUUUCCAUGCAA